GAAAGAGGAGGGUAGAAGAGAGGAAGGGUUGGGGAGAGGCUCUUUUCGCACAGGAUGCCCGUAUCAUUCGUCAAAGGUCAGCGUUUAUUCAUUGUGCUAAGGAAAGUAGUCAUCUUCGAUGGGCCAACAGCGAAUCUUCCCCGAAAGACAAACGGCGACGCUUCGCCGAGAAGCAAACGGCGAACCUUCCCGGUAAGCUUGUCCAAAGCAUUAAAUUUCGAGUUCAAGGGGACUAUCGAUCAUUUCUCUCAUCCCAAAUACCAUGUCCAAGCCAGAAUCUCACAGAUAUCGUGUAGGCUAUGCUCUUGAACCCAAAAAAGUCCGUAGCUUCAUCCUCAAUUCCCUCGUCGAUUACGCGAACCAACGCGGCAUCGAUCUCAUACAGAUCGACCCCACCAGAUCCUUGAUUGAACAGGGCCCUUUCGACUGUAUCAUCCACAAAUUAUACGGCGAAGAUUGGAAGAAACAGUUGGAUGAAUUUUCGGCGGCACACCCAAAAGCGGUCAUAAUAGAUCGCCCCGACUUGAUUGAGCGCCUUCACAAUCGAGAAUCGAUGCUCGAGGUGGUGAAUCAGAUCAAAAUUACCCUGGAAAACGGCACCGUCGGGAUUCCCAAACAGUUGGUCAUCCAGGAAUCGAAAACACUCGACGAUGCCAACGCAAUCGAGGAACUAGGUUUAAAUUUCCCCCUUAUCGCGAAGCCUUUGGACGCUGAUGGAGGCCCUAAUUCCCACAAUCUGUCUUUGGUAUUCGACCAAAGCGGGCUCAAGACAUUGAGUUUUCCUGUGGUUCUUCAAGAAUUUGUGAAUCAUGGAGGCGUUAUAUUCAAAAUUUACGUUGCUGGUCAACGCAUAACUUGCGUCAAACGGAAGUCCCUACCUGAUAUACCAGAGGAGAAGCAGAAAACCAUGACUGGUGCGCUGCCAUUUUCGCGGGUAUCUAAUGCGGCCGUCCAAGGGAACAGCCACAACAAGGAAGAUGAUAUUGCCCAGAAAAACAUUGAGAAAGCCGAAAUGCCACCUGAAAAUUUGAUAGAAGGAUUAGCUAAGGCAUUGAAGGAGGCGAUGGGCCUUAAUCUAUUCAACUUUGAUGUGAUUAGAGACACCAGAGAUCCGACAAGGUAUUUGGUUAUUGAUGUCAAUUACUUUCCGGGAUAUGCAAAAUUGCCAACUUACGAGUCGUUCUUCACCAAUUUUUUGUGUGAUAUUGCACACCUCAAAACUGCUUAGACAAGUCACAGGAUGGAGCUGGGAGCCUAGGAUGACGCAAGUGAGCGGACCGAAAUAAGCUGACCAAGAAUCUGUUGACUUUGAUUUUUAACAAGAUAAUUCUUUUUUGCGGGCGAAUAAGAAAUGUUAAAUAAAAAUGGAAAACCCUCCCAUUUCAAAGGGUUAAAAGCUGUGCAAUAUGCUGAGACAUGCAAGAUUGCACAACAGACGGUUUAUUCUAACGACAGCUGCAGCUGUGUAUUAUUUUGUUGAUUUAUUUCUUACGGGACCUUGUUAGCCUCCCUUG